UGUUUUUUCGCAAAAUCAGAUGGGAAACCCAUGAAAAGGAUAACUGUGAGUGAAAUACAGCUUAUGUAUGACCGGGGUCAUUAUAUGGAGACGAUGAGAAGGCGGUUGUGGCUACGGGCAUUGCUGGAGAAAGUGAACACGGCAGUUUCUAUAGUUCCCAGGGAUGAUGUUUCCGGGAGGUCCCUAAGAAAGGAAGACAAUGUGCUGUUUGAGAGCCAUGAAAAACGCCUUGGAGACGCAGAUAAAGCUGAUGUGGAUGUAUUAACUAAGGUUAAAUCCCAGUGA